GGAGGAGGUGGAGGAGGACGAGUAAUCGGAACGACGAAAAGGACAAAAGAGACAAAGGGAAAGACAAAGAAGAAGAGUAGUAUAGUGUACAAGUGACAGCGAGUGAAAGAAAGAAAGAAAGAAAGAAACGCUUCGUUCGCUCGAUACGAAAAGAAAAACUCGUCUUUCCUCGGCGUGCCUCCUCCGUAUACGCACGUACACACACAUCACAUAGACAUACACACAUACACACACACACAUACACAGAAUACGCACACGCAGAAAAUCACACACACAAGCGUUAUGGACGUGACAGCAGUUGUCGAGCUAUAAGCUCGUUUCUCCUUCCUUCCUUCAUGGUAAAUGGUGCAGUAUAUAUUACGCAAGGUUAACACAGCAGUGUUGUAAACACUUGCUGGAACCACUUGCUGAAUUUGUAAAAAUAUGGAUUCCGAGGAGGAAACGCUCUAUGACGAUGUUGACUCUGGUAACGAGUCCAGCGGGGAUGACGUGGAUUUUGCUAUGGAAAUAGAAUCCGGAAAUCAACGCGAACGAGCUACCGACGUCGACGAAUAUCCAUUUGAAGUUUUAUCCACAGAAGAAAUUGUACAACACAUGGUUGAUUCUAUAAAAGAGGUCAACACUGUAGUUGAAAUACCUGCAACAACAACGCGUAUUUUGCUAAAUCAUUUUAAGUGGGACAAAGAAAAAUUAAUGGAACGUUUUUAUGAUGGAGAUCAGGAAAAAUUAUUUGCAGAAGCACGUGUCAUUAAUCCAUUCAGAAAAGGUCCUGUGAUAAAUAGAAGUUGGUCCUCUCAAAGUUCCUUGUCUAGAAGAACAUCUGCAAAUGGAACAGAAGAAUGUGGAAUUUGUUUUAUGAUUUUACCAUCCUCUAUGAUGACUGGUCUUGAAUGUGGACAUCGUUUUUGCACCGGAUGCUGGGGUGAAUAUCUCACAACCAAAAUAAUGGAAGAAGGUGUCGGACAAACGAUCGCAUGUGCCGCUCAUGCCUGUGACAUUUUAGUUGAUGAUGCUAGUGUUAUGCGACUUGUUAAAGACUCGAAAGUUAAAUUGAAGUAUCAGCACUUGAUAACAAACAGUUUUGUUGAAUGUAACAGGUUAUUAAGGUGGUGUCCAUCGCCAGAUUGUAAUAACGCUAUCAAAGUUCAGUAUGUUGAAGCAAGACCUGUUACAUGCAAAUGUGGUCACACAUUUUGUUUUCAUUGUGGUGGAGAUUGGCAUGAUCCUGUAAAAUGUCAUUUGUUGCGUAAAUGGAUUAAAAAAUGUGAUGACGAUUCUGAGACCUCUAAUUGGAUUGCAGCAAAUACAAAAGAAUGUCCCAAGUGUAAUGUUACCAUUGAGAAAGAUGGUGGUUGCAAUCAUAUGGUAUGCAAAAAUCAAAACUGUAAAGCUGACUUUUGUUGGGUAUGCCUUGGUCCUUGGGAACCACAUGGAUCUAGCUGGUAUAAUUGUAAUCGUUAUGACGAAGAAGAAGCCAAAGCAGCGCGAGUUGCUCAAGAUCAAUCAAGGUCUGCCUUGCAACGCUAUUUGUUUUAUUGCAAUAGGUAUAUGAAUCACAUGCAGUCCUUAAGGUUUGAGAGCAAGCUAUAUGCUAGUGUAAAAGAAAAAAUGGAGGAAAUGCAACAACAUAAUAUGUCUUGGAUCGAGGUACAAUUUUUAAAGAAAGCAGUUGAUAUUUUAUGUUCCUGUAGACAAACUCUCAUGUAUACUUAUGUAUUUGCCUACUAUCUGAGGAAAACCAACCAGUCUGUGAUUUUUGAAGCCAACCAAAAGGAUCUAGAGAGUGCUACAGAAUGCCUCUCUGAAUACCUCGAAAGAGAUAUUACGAGUGAGAACCUUGCCGAUAUUAAACAAAAGGUUCAGGAUAAAUAUAGAUAUUGCGAUAGUCGAAGAAAAGUACUUCUAGAACAUGUGCACGAAGGUUAUGAAAAGGAAUGGUGGGAUUACGUGGAAUAAGGAGAAGAAUGAAAAUGCCCAGCUUUUCUUUUUUUUUGUCGUGAGAUGUAAAGUAAAAAAAAAAGCCCUCUUCCUUCUCACCUCUGCCCCCAGCUGUGAUAAAUCAAGAAAGCUGAGAAAGAGAGAACAGACAGACAGAAUGUAGUAGAGCAUUGUUGGCAAAGUGAUAUGUACGUGUGUUACAUACAUUUGAAAACACAAUUUUAUCAUCAUCUGCGUGGCAACAAUAUCGUUAUAUAUCAUGAAUUUCGAACUUAUUAAAAAUGUGAAUUUUACCAUCAACAACAACCACAACAACAACAACAACAACAACAACAAGAACGACAACAACAACAACAAUUGAUUGAAUGUAACAUAACUUCGUGAUUGAUUCGUGCUUGCUGUGUAUACUGCACAUGAUUAUUAUACACCAUUAGUUAAUACGAUAAAUAUGCCUCCGUUAUGGCGUAUUGUAUUCUGAUAUUAUUAUUCAAGCGGACCUUAGAUAUGCACUCAGUUAAAAUUUUUUCAACCGAAGGAGAUUGGUAAAAGUGCAUUAUUAUAUUUAUUAUUAUGUGAUCCAGCAAUGCAUAUACAUUAUACAUAUAUUAUUGCGAAAAGAUGAAUUUUUGUGCUUGUGAAAUUUAGAUGACGAUGAUUCUUUCUUCUCUUCGAUAUAUCCUUUUGAUGCUACGUAUAUUAUAUAAUAUCAGAUAAAUGAAUCUUCGCAAGAGAUAAUUCUCUCUAUAUCAUGUUUCUCCAAUCAAGUAUCAUUGAAUUGUUUCACGCAAUUUAAACGUUUUAGGAUUACAAAUGAGAAAAGAAGAAGAAAAAGAAGAUGACGACGAAGAAGAAGAAGAAGAAGAAGAAGAAGAAGAAGAAGAAAAAGAAAAAGAAGAAGAAGAAAGAAAAAAAUAAUAUAGAAAACUCUAAUUAAAUUAAAUUCUUUGGAUAUUACUCGUUUCAGAGUAAUCGUUUGAGAAAAAGGGAGAUAGAAUGAAAGAAGUUUUUUCAAAUUUUGAUCAUUCGGAUCAUCGAGAAGAUAUUGAUACACGAUGAAAGAGAGAGAGAGAGAGCGAGCGAGCGAGAGAGAGAGAGAGAGAGAGAGAGAGAGAGAGAGAGAGAGAGCGAGCGAGAGAGAGAGAGAGAGAGAGAGAGAGAGAGAGAGAGAGAGAGCGAGAGAGAGAGAGAGAGAGAGAAAGAGAGAGUUUUAGUCAUUUUUCCUCUAUUUCGGACAAUGAUACGUCCAGGCUACGAUUGCCAUUCUAAAGUUUAGCUCGAAAUACAAUAAUCAUAUCGUCAGUGUUACGAUUAUGAGAGAUAUGUUAUUUAUUUAUAUAUAUAUAUAUAUAUAUAUGUAUGUAUAUUUAUAUAUAUAUACAUAUAAAUAUAUAUAUAUACAUAUACAUAUAUAUACGUAUAUAUGUACACACACAUAUAUAUGUAUACAUAUAGAGAUAUCUAUAUGUAUAUAUGUAUAUCUUAUAUUGUAGAAUUUGCAAAAUGGAAUAAGGACAAAAUAAUAGUGUAAAUCUUUGAUGGUCUUUUCUGUUUUUUUUUCAUUUUGUAAAUUGAAAAUAAUUUUCUUCAACUUAGAAACACGAAAGUGAUCGUUGUGAACAAUAAAUAGAUAUUUGAGAAUAAUAAUAAUUAUUAUUCAAACUGAUAAACUCUCUUUACUUUUUCUGGCAUUAUGUGAGUAAUAAUAUUGUCGAAAAAACGAAAAUGAAAUAUAUAUAUAUAUAUAUAUACAUAUAUAUAUACACACAUAUAUAUAUAUAUGUAUACAUAUGUAAUAAAAAGAGUAUUGAUUUUACGUUACGAAAGAGAGAUUCGCAUAAUCAAAAGGAAAAAGAUACAAACCUCGUUUCGCUCGUCAUAUCAUAUUAACGACACAGAGAGAGAAAGAGAGAGAGAGAGAGUGUGUGUGUGUGUGUGAGAGAGAGAGAGAGAGAGAGAGAGAGUGCACGAGAGAGGAAUUUAUGAAUAAUAAUAAUAAUAAUGAUAAUGAUAAAAAAAUAAUAGAAAAUAAAAAUAAAUAAAUAAAAAACGAUUAUAGGCUUUUUCGUGCCAAACUGAGUCUGAGAUUAUCUUAUUUAUUUUUCAAAAUAAUCUAAUGUAUUUUAAUGUUUUUGAGUGAUUAUUUGAAAGACGAUAUGAUUUGUUAAGAAACAUUUUAUUUUAUUUCUUUCUGUUUUUUUUUUACUUUUUUUUCCAAUUAACAAUUUUAUUUAUCUAGAUGGGAAUACAAUAUAUGCAUGAAUUUUAUAUAUAUAUAUAUAUAUGUGUGUGUGUACAUAAAUUUUACAAAUUGUAUAAUUGAUUGAUCGUAAGAUUUGUUGUUCGUCUUUCAAAGAGAUAUCGGAUCAAAUGGCAUUAGAAUAUAUUGAAAGAUUGAAACGAGAUCGAUUGGUAAAUAACACAGUGUUUUUGUAAUGCUUUGAAAAAAAAAAAAAUGUCUUUAAAGUAUUCCAAUAUCCAACAUAAUUGUCCAUGGUAAAAGAACAGAUUUGCUAAGUUUUCAAAAAUGGGGCCAAGUUUUGAGCGUCUUUGUCGUAAAAAAUAAAAAAAAGAAAAGUAUCAUGUCUUUUGCAUAUUGAAUCGAACAUAAAACACGAAGAAACAAUUACACCGAGCUAUAGAAAAACCGGACGUUGAAACAUUCGAAUGAAUUGUUUUUGCUCGCUAAAAAUGAAAAAAAAAAAAAGAAAAGGAAAAAGAAAAAGAAACAUCAAUCGACAAUUAAAAAAUCGCUGAAUGAAACUACUCUGUAGCAAUAUCUCAUCGCAGUAAAUUAAAAAGAGAUUUUAUAACGCGUAUGCUAUAUAGACGACUUUAGUCGCUUAAUUUAUUUUUCGCUUGCGUACAAUGAACGACUUUGGUCGUUUAAUAGGAGUCUCGUUACAUUAGCUCCGUAUUUAUUUGCCCAGAACGUAAUUAAUGUUUUCAGGUAAAAGCUAAUCCUUUAACUAUAUGCAAGAAAAUGCAAGAAAAAAAAAGAAGUUAGUUCUUUGAAGGAAAAAAAAAAAAAAAAAAGAAAAAGAAGUUCUUAACUUCUUUUUCAUCUAUCUGUAAUCUAUUUUCUCAAAAGUGAAUAUUUAAAAAAAAAGCAAAAUUAAUCGAGAUAUUGUACUUACAUAAUAGCUAAAGUAAUUAACACACUUUAAAAAUUGAAAAAUCUAGAAAGUAUUCGGAUUUACAUGCUAAUCGAUUGGGCUUUUAAAAAACAUUCUUAGUAACGACUCUGAUCUCACUCCUAAUAAGUAUUAGAAAGAAAUUUCAUUCAAUUCCUAUUAUAAUAAAUAAUCUCGAUAAAAGAAGAUUUUUAUAUUAAAAUAUGGUUUGCACGAAAAACUUCAUUACUUUUUCACGGAUUGAUAAUAAUUUUUUUAUUUUAAAUUUUAUUGGUAGCGAAUGCGUGUGUGAGUGAGUGCGUACGUACGUGCGUAUGUGUGUGUGUAUUUGUGUGUGUGUGUGUGUGUUAAGGUAAAACUUUUGUUUUGUUCACGAUGACAAAUGAGCUCUCUCUUCACAGUGCUUAUGUGCUCUAUAAUGCUAAUUAUAUAUUAUAUAAUACUUGGAUAAAUUAAUAUACAAGAGAAACAAAACAAACGUACAUAGAUACUACUGUACAUGCAGCAUAUAACACGUAUAAUUUAUUGGAUAAUUUAUAUACAAGAGACGAAACAAAUACACGUAGACGUACAGAUACACAGAGAGAAAACUUGCAAUGAUUUUAUCUAAAUAUCUUUGUCGAUAUAAAUUGUGUAAAGCCAAACAUAUUUUUGACAGAAAGAAACAAAGAAAGAAAGAAAGAAGAUGAAGUAUAAUCUUGAAUAACUGAUGAAAAAAAAAAAUAAAUAAAUAAAAGGAGAAGCACCUUGGAAUACUUAUUGUCUAUCUAAUAUAUUAGAUAAUAUUUGUGUAUGUAAUACUGACGAUAUGUUGCGAUCAUCGUUAGUCAAAUAUUUGAAAGUUAAGGAACGUGUGAUUCAAUGAUCACUUAUUGUCGAUAUAUAGUAAUAAUAAUAAUAAUAAUAACAUCAACAACAACAACAAUAAUGAAUGAAUGAAUGAAUGAAUGAAUGAAUGAAUUAAUUAAUAAUAUUAAUAAUCAGGGGAAAUGCGAAAAGAGAGUAGUUCCAAAUUGUACAGUUACAUAUAUAUAGUUAUACUCACGUAUAAAUGCAUAAACAUAACAUACAUCCUUAUAUGUAGUUAUAAUGUCAAUAAUUAGCAGAAUUAAAUUAAAGUAGAAACUUUUGAAGAUUUAUAAAAAAAAAAAAAAAAAAAAAAAGAAAAAAGAAAAAAGAAGAAAAAAUAAAUAAAUAAAAGGAACAAACAACAAAAUAGGAAGGAAAAAAAGAUUGUUGAUUCUUGCUAUAAUGCAUGUUAAAAAACGGAGAGAGAGAGAGAGAGAGAUAGAGAGAGAAAAUAAAAAAGAAAAAAAGGACAAAAAAAUAAUGAUAGAAUGAUUCAAUUGUUUUCUGUACAGUCAUGAAAUUUAAUUAGAACUAAGGUAAUAAUUAAUCAUUACGUAAAUUAACGAUUAUUUCAUAGUACGUGGUUUUUUAUAUUCUACGAUUUAUUCUCCACAUUUAUGUGUGUUACACACAUCCGCGAAUAUUACUUCCUUCUAGUCUGGCUUAAUGUAAAGACAGAGAGAGAGAGAGAGAGAGAGAGAAAGAGAGAAAGAAUGAAAGAGUGUGUGAGAGAGAUACUUCAAAUGUAAAGAACGAUUUAAUAUUUAAAAUGCUUGAUAUAACACAUUUUCCAAAUCAUGCACCAACAACACAUGAAAAACAUUUUAAUUUGGACUCGAUCCUUCGAGAUAAAAUUUAUAAAGAAAAAAAAAAAAAUAUAUGUAAGAAAGAUAAGAAGAUAAA